GCAGCACAUUUGAAAUUGAACAGCAUCUCAGCAGAGAUUGUUAGCACUGGGCGCUGGCGCAUUGUGUAGAGUCGCCAGAGAGGGGCAUCGUACAUAGGGGCAUCGUACAAAGGGGCAUCGUACAAACAGCUUAGAGUAGAAGCGCGUGGAGCUGAGGAGUCAGCUGUUCAUUCUGCAUGCACUUUCCUCCUCUUGCUUUGCUUCAAGUAUGAGUGCCGCCGAAGUCCACAAGAAUGAGGACGAGGAUGGAGUCCCUGCAGUUGAGCAAACACUCUUCAAAGCGCCUGAAAUGUAUGUCUACAAGAUCCCCCCCAGAAUGAGCAACCUCUCAUACAGGGCUGAUGAUUGGAACAUUAACAAGUGGGCCUGGGAAGGGACGCUCAAGCUGCUCUCAGUAGGAACUGAAUGUACCAUCCGGCUGGAAGAUUCUAAGUCAGGCGAGUUGUUUGCGCAAGCAUCAGUGAAACAGGACCAGCCACUGCCGAUCGAGGCUGUCAUUGACAGCAGCAGGUUCUUCGUGUUGAGAGUGGAGGACACGUCGAGCAAGCAGGAGCGGCACGCGUUUCUCGGCAUCGGUUUCCGAGAACGGACAGAGGCAUACGACUUUCAGGCGGCGCUGCACGACCAUGUCAAGUUUGUGAAGCGCGCAAAGGAAGCUGAGGAGGUCGCCGAGGAGUAUGCGAAGCAGCCGACCAAGGACUACAGCCUGAAGCCCGGCGAGAAGAUCACCAUCAAGCUGGACAUACCCAAAAAGCAGCAAUCGCUAGGGGGGCCCGGGACAUUGUUCAAGAACUUCAGCGGCAACCUGGUUGAGGCGACAGAAAAGGGUCUAGUGUUGAAACCUCCUCCCAAGGCUGCCGAGCCCCUCUCUGUAAGAAGGCCCUCAGGAGUACAGGGCUCCCUGCCCACUGACACUAACACUAAAGUCGAGCAAGGCCAGUCAGGUGCCGGCGUAGUCGGAGAAACGUCAAGAGAAGCGCGAGAACAGGGAAAAGAAGAGGAGGUUCCGCCGGACGAUGACUUUGGAGACUUUCAAGUAGCGGCUUGACUUCCUACAUGAUCUUACACAUGAAAAGGGAUUGGAUGC